AUGGGCUCGUCCAGCGGCGGCAAGAAGAAGUACACGACGUUUCGUUCUCGGCAGCGCGCCAACCUCAGCUUUUUCAUCGUCGUCGUGUUCUUCGGCGUGUUCGGCGUCAUCGUAUUCACCGAGAUCUUCUUCAUCGACGAGAGGGGGCGCGCUGGUGGUGGUGUGCUCAGCGAAGACUACAUAUCAAUUCGCGUGGGAGCGGCCAUGAUGAACGAUGACAGUUUGGGAGCACUGCUGAUGGGAGGUCGGCCGCCCGUUGCUCUGCCCGUCAUCGAGAACAACGUCGCUCCCGUCGCUCCCAAGCUGCUAAUUCUGGAUAAGGCUCGUCUCAGGACUGUCUGCUCGAAGGAAUCUUGGCUCAAUGCUCUUCCAGCGGCAUCCCUUGGUACUCUGUUGGAUUGUAAGAUCAAUAAUCAUUCAGAAUCGCUGUUGGUCUUCGCUUAG